AUGAACGACGCCCAAUCCGUCGCGAAAAAGGAGGCCGAGGGCCUUCCCCAAGAGACUGCAACACUGGAAGAGACGCUCGACAUCCUCAACACCCUCGAAGCCAUGGCAAACAGCUACCUGGAUACUUUCAACGCCAAGAUACUGAACCCAGGGGGUGACGUGGUGGGAAUACCCAUCGACAAGGUCGUGGCGAGAACCAGAUUCGUCCGCACUUAUAGCUCUCAUCCGGAGACGAUUCCGGAAGAGCUCCAAAACUGCAUCAAGUCCCUCGUUUCCGGACCGAUGGAGAAGGAUAUCAAGAACAUCGCCGAGAAUGCGUGCCGACAGCUCUCGGGAACGUCGCCUGGCCAACGCGCCGUCGUUGAGCAGUCUGCAAUCUCCCUCGACGACAUUCUGGGCCUCUGCCGGCUGGACGUAGGCUUCUUCUCUCACAACAUCAAGUCGAGGUCCGUCCCCGGAACGUAUGAGACGGUACUCGCGUGCUGCAUCGUGGUCUCUUCAGUAGCCGUAGCCGACCUCGAAGAGAGCACACUCCGAGUCAUCGUGCGGAACAGCUUCCACAGUUACUCGCCCGCGGUCAAGAAGCUUGUUUAUGACGAGUUGUACUGGAAAAUCAUUCGCAAGCGCGAUGAAGCGGGGUUGACCGAGGAAGAGCAAGGAGAGCUCCGGAACCACAAAGCCAAUAUGGAUGACUACUGGAAUGCUUCCAAGAAGUGA